AUGCACUGGAGGUGAAGUGUGGCGCUGUUUCCCUUUAUGCAGAUGUUAGUUUUAAUGCUCCUCUGUGUGUGUCUGAACUUCAGAGGCAUCUUCUUAGACACCAUUCUGCCCCGCUAUGAUGUCAAUGGAGUCAGGCUACCCGUUGGGCAGAGGAGCAAAGGGGACAUCGCACAAGCUCGCAAACUUUACAAGUGUACAAGACAUAUCCAACUUGGCAGACCCCCUGACUCAUGUAGGCUUUUCACCACUUGAAAAGUCAGAGAGAACAUGAGGAUAAACCCUGCACAAGGUCUGACUCCUACCACCCCCGCCCAUUCAAAAGAUGACGACUGAUGAUUACUGUGUUUACCUUUCUGAAGCCAUGACAAAGCUGUAAUGACAAAGCCGUAACAUGAGUAGAUUAAUUGUCAAAAGGAGAUUGAUUAAUUCUUUAUUUUCCAAAAAUUGGAAUUCAGUUUAUUGUUAUAAUCCGGAGAACUCAAGCCCCAGGAACGGGCCACAGUUGUUACAAGUCAACAACCAAUCAAUCAGCAACCAUCAAGUGCUUGGUAUUGUGCCUCCUUUUUCAGGCUAUGGAAAAUCUAUGUUGAGACAGCUGAAACGAAAGCUUGUCUUUUGUAACCCAGCAAUGUUUUGUUUUUGUCUUCUUUCGCCAUUCCUGUGGUGUGUUUAGAGUGUGUUUCUUUUUCACUGUGUGCUGUGUUGUGUUUUGUGGGCAGGGUGUGGGGACCGCCUACAGGACAGUUGUCACGACUUCCGCCGAGGCUGCCUCCCCUCCUUGUUCGGGCAGGCUUCGGCGUUCGUCGUCACCGGAGUACUAACCAUUGCCGCCCCAGUCAUCAUCACAAUUGUCUUGUCAAUCACACACACCUGGUUCUAUUCCCAUAAUUAGUCAGUGUAUAAGUGUUCCCUCUGCCCCCUUGUCCUUGUGGGUGAUUGUUUAUUUGUGGAGGUUAGUGAAGCACGGUGGAGCUUGUGUAUUGUGUAUCGACGGGAGUAUUUUACCCGUAUGCCUUGUAUUUUCCAGUGCGCCUGUUUUGUGGCCUGGAGUGUGUUUGACGCAUUUCUGCGUAAACCUGUAUUUUGCGGAUUAAAGCCUGUUAUUCUGUGAUUUACCCUCCUGCGCCUGACUCCUUCAUCACCACCUCAUCACAACAGUAGUGGAAACUUCUCCACUCCUGGUUAUCCCAAUGGAUAUGCAGUCUACGUCCACUGUAUCUGGAGGAUCUCUGUCACACCUGGAGAUAAGGUAGGUUGAAAACAUCCAAGGGCUAGCCGUCAAACUCAGUUCACAUCUGUGCAUUGAGUUUCUCGGUGAGUUCUGUCAGUUCACUUGACAACAAACAUAUCGUAUCCUAUAACCAAAGGGGAUGAGAGUUCUGGUUGAAUUCAAGUGAGGUGCAUUGGCUACGGUCUUUGUGCUUAGAAUUGUUCAGAAAUAGCCUCUUAAUAGCCUCAGCGUCUUUGGCUCUGGGGUUGAAUCCCUGCCUUGCAGCCAAUGGGUUGUAAGUUUAAAUAACCUGUUUAUUUGUGGAUUUCUUGGGGGCAGCAGAUAUCCUAGUGGUUAAGAGCAUUGGGCCAGUAACCGAAAGGUCGCUUGUUUGAUUCCCGACUAGCCAAAUAGGUGAGAAAUGUGUCGAUGUGCCCUUUAGCAAGGCACUUAACCCUAAUUGCUCCUGUUAGUUGCUCUGGAUAACAGUGUCUGCUAAAUGACCAAAAUGUCCUGUGCUGCCCUUAACAAACAAACUUUACUUCUUCCUUCCUUUUCUCUCUCCCCAUCUUCAUUUCUGCCUGUCUGUCUGUCUGUCUGUCUGUCUGUCUGUCUGUCUGUCUGUCUGUCUGUCUGCCUGUCUCUCACAGAUAAUUUUGAACCUUACCUCCAUGGACCUCUACAGGACUCACUUGUGCUGGUAUGACCAUGUGGAGGUCCGAGAUGGGUUCUGGAGAAAAGCCGUUCUGAAAGGUCUUUACAUGGAAGAUUUAGAGUGGAACCCAUCCAUAGACAACUCUCCAGAGAGGCCUGCUGUCUACAUCUGCCAAUAACUUAUUUAGAAAACAUCUGUCCCUAAGUCAAUGUUCACCUGAGAUUUUGAAUUCCUAGAGCAGAGCAGUUUAUGUAAAUGGUUAGAAUUUGAAUAGAAUGUACAAUAUGUUCAGAAUAAUACACUGAUGCACAAUGAUCAAACUUCACCAGCUGUCUGUGUAUGUCAAGGUAGAUGUAGGUGGGUGUGGUGGUGGAAUCAGGCGCAGGACGGCAGAACGUUAGUCCAACAGACUUUAGUAGAUGCACACAAAAACAAUCACGAAUAAAUGCCCUGAGGCGAAAACUCCGCACGUAGGCGAAAAUAAUGGGCGCACUAACUGGUGCGACAAAACACUCCAAACAAUAUGGAGAAAUAGCUCAACCGAGCAAACAGUAGAAUAACAGCCUACCGGCACGACAGUAAAACAAUAACACACAACACUAGACAAACACAACGAGAACUUAUAGGACACUAAUUACACUAAACGAUAACAGGUGUAACAACAAUCAGACAAAAGCAAACGAACAUAGAAACAUGCAACGGUGGCAGCUAGUAUUCCGGAGACGACGAACGCCGAAGCCUGCCCGAGCAAGGAAGAGAGGCAGCCUCGGCCGAAACCGUGACAGUACCCCCCCCUUGACGCGCGGCUCCAGACGUGCGCCGGCUCCGGCCUCGGGGACGACCAGGAGGACGCGGAGCAGGGUGCGUCGGGUGCCCACGAUGGAAUUCCGUCAGGAGAGACGGGUCCAAAAUGUCUCUCCUCGGCACCCAGCACCGUUGGAGAACCCCCAUCCGACGUCUCGAAUCCAAGAUGGACCGCACGGAGUACGCCGGUGCCCCCUCGAUGUCCAAUGGGGGCGGAGGAGUCUCCCUGAUCUCACUUUCUUGGAGUGGGCCAGCUACCACCGGCCUGAGAAGAGACACAUGGAACGAGGGGUUAAUACUUUUAUACUCAACAGGUAGUUGUAAUUUGUAACACACCUCGUUCAACCUUCUCAGGACUUUAAAUGGCCCUACAAACCGCCGACCCAGUUUCCGACAGGGCAGGCGGAGGGGCAGGUUUCUGGUAGAGAGCCAGACUCGAUCACCAGGUGCGUACACCGGUCCCUCACUGCGGAGAUCGGCGCUCGCCUUAUGACGACGGAGGGCCCGCUGCAGGUGGACGUGUGCAGCGUUCCAUGUCUCCUCCGAGCGCUGCACCCACUCACCCACCGCAGGAGCCUCGAUCUGGCUCUGCUGCCAAGGUGCCAGAACCGGCUGGUAACCCAACACACAUUGGAAAGGGGUUAGGUUAGUGGAGGAAUGGCAUAGGGAAUUCUGGGCCAUUUCGGCCCAGGGAAUGUACCUGGCCCACUCCUCCGGCCGGUCCUGGCAGUAUGUUCUAAGAAACCUACCCACAUCCUGGUUCACACGUUCCACCUGCCCAUUACUCUCCGGGUGGUAACCCGAGGUGAGGCUCACCGAGACCCCCAACCGUCCAUAAAAGCUCUCCAGACUCUGGAGGUAAAUUGGGGACCUCGAUCAGACACAAUAUCCUCGGGUACCCCGUAGUGCCGGAACACAUGGGUGAAUAGUGCUUCGGCGGUUUGCAGGGCAGUAGGAAGGCCCGGCAUAGGGAGCAAACGACAGGCCUUAGAAAACCGGUCCACAACGACCAGUAUAGUGGUAUUCCCCUGUGAAGGAGGAAGGUCAGUGAGGAAAUCCACCGAGAGGUGAGACCAUGGUCGUUGUGGAACGGGCAGGGGUAGUAACUUACCCCUAGGCAGAUGUCUAGGCGCCUUACACUGGGCGCACACCGAGCAGGAGGGAACAUAAACCCUCACAUCCCUCGCCAACGUGGGCCACCAGUACUUGGCACUAAGACAGUGCACUGUCCGGCCGAUACCAGGGUGUCCAGAGGAGGGUGACGUGUGAGCCCAAUAGAUCAAUCGAUCCCGAACCUCGAGCGGAACGUACUUCCGACCCUCCGGGCAUUGAGGUGGACUAGGGUCGGUGCGUAACGCCCGCUCGAGUUCAGCAUCGACCUCCCACACUACCGGUGCCACCAGACAAGACUCCGGCAGUAUGGGAGUGGGCUCCACGGACCUCUCCUCCGUGUCAUAACGCCGAGACAGUGCGUCUGCCUUACCGUUCUGUGACCCAGGGAUGUACGUGAUCUUAAAUGUGAACCGGGUCAAAAACAUAUUCCACCUCGCCUGGCGAGGGUUCAGCCUCCUCGCUGCCCGGAUGUACUCCAGGUUACGGUGGUCCGUCAAAAUGAGGAAAGGGUGUUGAGCCCCCUCAAGCCAGUGCCUCCACACCUUUAGGGCCUGUACCACGGCUAACAGCUCCCUGUCCCCUACGUCAUAGUUUCGCUCCGCCGGACUGAGCUUCUUGGAAUAAAAAGCACAGGGGCGGAGUUUAGGUGGCGCGCCGGACCGUUGCGAAAGCACGGCUCCUACACCGGCCUCUGACGCGUCCACCUCUACCUGAAAUGGCAAAGAGGGUUCCGGAUGCGCCAGCACCGGGGCCGAGGUAAACAGGUCCUUCAGCCUCCCAAACGCCCUGUCCGCCUCGGCUGACCACUGCAGACGCACCGGACCCCCCUUCAAAAGAGACGUUAUGGGUGCCACCUGUCCAAAACCCCGGAUAAACCUCCGGUAGUAAUUCGCAAACCCCAAAAACUGCUGCACCUCCUUCACAGGGGUUGGCGUUUGCCAAUUACGCACGGCUGACACCCGGUCUACCUCCAUCUUCACCCCUGACGCAGACAACUGAUAACCCAAAAAGGAGACCAACUCCUGGAAGAACAGACACUUCUCUGCCUUGACAUACAGGUCGUGCUCCAACAGCCUCCGCAACACUCGGCGCACCAGGGCCACAUGCUCGACUCGGGUAGGCGAGUACACGAGAAUGUCAUCUAUGUACACGACCACCCCCUGCCCCUGCAUGUCCCUGAAGAUCUCAUCCACGAAUGAUUGGAAAACUGAAGGAGCGUUCAUCAACCCGUAUGGCAUGACAAGAUACUCGUAAUGGCCCGAGGUGGUACUAAAGGCUGUCUUCCAUUCAUCGCCCCCCCUAAUGCGCACCAAGUUGUACGCGCUCCUGAGAUCUAAUUUAGUGAAGAAACGCGCCCCGUGCAAUGACUCCGUCAUGGUCGCAAUCAGCGGGAGUGGAUAACUGUACUUCACCGUGAUCUGAUUGAGACCACGGUAGUCAAUGCACGGGCGUAACCCCCCAUCCUUUUUCUUCACAAAAAAGAAACUCGAGGACGCAGGGGAAGUGGAGGGCCGUAUUGUAUCCUUGUCUCAGAGAUUCGUCUAUGUAAGUCUCCAUAGCUCUCUUCUCCUCCUGAGACAGAGGAUACACAUGGCUCCGUGGGAGCGCAACUCCUGCCUGGAGGUCUAUCGCACAAUCUCCCUGCCUAUGGGGAGGCAACUGCGUCGCCCUCGACUUACUGAACACAAUAGCCAAAUCCCCAUACUCAGGGGGAACGUGCAAUGCGGGCACCUGGUUUGGACUCUCCACCGAGGUAGCCCCUACGGAAACGCCUAAACAUCGACCCACACACUGGGCAGACCACUCCAUCAGAGCCCUCUCCUGCCACGAAAUAGAUGGGUUAUGGGUACUCAACCAAGGCAUGCCCAGCACCACCGGAUACGCAGGCGAGUCGAUCAGAAAUAGCUGUAUCAUCUCCUGAUGACCCCCCUGCGCACACAUCCUAAGUGGCGCCGUGACCUCCCUGAUCAAGCCCGCACCCAACGGACGGCUAUCUAGGGCAUGAACGGGGAAGGGAACGUCAACAGGGAGAAGGGGAAUCCCUAAGGCUAAACAAAAUUUCUUAUCAACAAAAUUCCCAGCCGCGCCUGAAUCUACCAGCGCCUUAUGCUGGGAAUGAGGUGCUACCUGUGGAAAACGCACAGGCAUACAGAAGUGUGCAACAGAGAGCUCUGGGUGAGUGGGGCGCCUACUCACCUGGAAGGACUCCCCAGUGCGGGACCUGUCGUCUUCUCCCCUAGGAGGCCAUCCCCAGCACCUAGCCGCGGUGUGUCCUCCCCGACCACAGUUGGUGCAGGAGAUGGACCCCCUCAUCAUCCGACCCCUCCUCUCUCUAGCGCCAGCGCCCCCGAGCUCCAUGGGGCACGGCUCGGAGGCGCUGGAGGGUGAAAUGGACGGACCCCCCUCGGGACGUCCGCGGGUAGCUAGCAGGGUAUCCAGCCUGAUGGACAUGUCGACCAACUGGUCGAACGAGAGGCUGGUGUCCCUACAGGCCAGCUCCCUACGGACGUCCUCACGUAGACUACAUCGGUAGUGAUCGAUGAGGGCCCGCUCAUUCCACCCUGCAUCCGCCGCUAGAGUACGGAAUUCUAAGGCGAACUCCUGGGCACUCCUCUUCCCCUGCCGGAGGCAGAACAGACGCUCCCCUGCCGCUUUCCCCUCCGGGGGAUGGUCAAACACCGCCCUGAAGCGGCGGGAGAACUCGUCGUAGGUGAUGGUGGUAGCGUCGAUUCUCCUCCACUCUGCGUUGGCCCAUUCCAACGCCUUACCGGAAAGGCAGGAGAUCAGGGCGGACACACUCUCGUGUCCCGAGGGCGCCGGGUGCACGGUGGCCAGGUAAAGCUCCACCUGGAGAAGGAAUCCCUGACACCCGGCAGCGGUCCCAUCGUAGGCCCUCGGGAGCGAGAGUCGAACUCCUCUGGGUUCCGGAGCGGGAAUGGGCUGACUUGCCGAUGGUGCGGGCAGGGAGGAUGGUGGUGGAGGUGUCCCUCGGGUCUCCCAGCCUCGGAUGGUGGUGAUCACCUCCUGCAGUGCGGACCCCAUCCGCAGGAUCUGGUCAUUCUGCUCGCGGACCCGGUCCUCCAGCGUCGCCUGUGCUGCUGCGGCUCCUGCUGAUUCCAUUCUAAAGGUGUGUUAUUCUGUCAAGGUAGAUGUACAGUGGGGAAAAAAAGUAUUUAGUCAGCCACCAAUUGUGCAAGUUCUCCCACUUAAAAAGAUGAGAGAGGCCUGUAAUUUUCAUCAUAGGUACACGUCAACUAUGACAGGCAAAAUGAGAAAAAAUAAUCCAGAAAAUCACAUUGUAGGAUUUUUAAUGAAUUUAUUUGCAAAUGAUGGUGGAAAAUAAGUAUUUGGUCAAUAACAAAAGUUUCUCAAUACCUUGUUAUAUACCCUUUGUUGGCAAUGACACAGGUCAAAUGUUUUCUGUAAGUCUUCACAAGGUUUUCACACACUGUUUCUGGUAUUUUGGCCCAUUCCUCCAUGCAGAUCUCCUCUAGAGCAGUGAUGUUUUGAGGCUGUCGCUGGGCAACACGGACUUUCAACUCCCUCCAAAGAUUCUCUAUGGGGUUGAGAUCUGGAGACUGGCUAGGCCACUCCAGGACCUUGAAAUGCUUCUUACGAAGCCACUCCUUCGUUGCCCGGGCGGUGUGUUUGGGAUCAUUGUCAUGCUGAAAGACCCAGCCACAUUUCAUCUUCAAUGCCCUUGCUGAUGGAAGGAGGUUUUCACUCAAAAUCUCACGAUACAUGGCCCCAUUCAUUCUUUCCUUUACACGGAUCAGUCGUCCUGGUCCUUUUGCAGAAAAACAGCCCCAAAGCAUGAUGUUUCCACCCCCAUGCUUCACAGUAGGUAUGGUGUUCUUUGGAUGCAACUCAGCAUUCUUUGUCCUCCAAACAUGACGAGUUGAGUUUUUACCAAAAAGUUAUAUUUUGGUUUCAUCUGACCAUAUGACAUUCUCCUAAUCCUCUUCUGGAUCAUCCAAAUGCACUUCAGACGGGCCUGGACAUGUACUGGCUUAAGCAGGGGGACACGUCUUGCACUGCAGGAUUUGAGUCCCUGGCGGCGUAGUGUGUUACUGAUGGUAGGCUUUGUUACUUUGGUCCCAGCUCUCUGCAACCAAAUACUUAUUUUCCACCAUAAUUUGCAAAUAAAUUCAUUAAAAAUCCUACGAUGUGAUUUUCUGGAUUUUUUUCCCUCAAUUUGUCUGUCAUAGUUGACGUGUACCUAUGAUGAAAAUUACAGGCAUCUCUCAUCUUUUUAAGUGGGAGAACUUGCACAAUUGGUGGCUGACUAAAUACUUUUUUCCCCACUGUAGGUGGGUGUGGUGGUGGAAUCAGGCGCAGGACGCAGAACGUUAGUCCAACAGACUUUAGUAGAUGCACACAAAAACAAUCACGAAUAAAUGCCCUGAGGCGAAAACUCCGCACGUAGGCGAAAAUAAUGGGCGCACUAACAGGUGCGACAAAACACUCCAAACAAUAUGGAGAAAUAGCUCAACCGAGCAAACAGUAGAAUAACAGCCUACCGGCACGACAGUAAAACAAUAACACACAACACCUAGACAAACACAACGAGAACUUAUAGGACACUAAUUACACUAAACGAUAACAGGUGUAACAACAAUCAGACAAAAGCAAACGAACAUAGAAACAUGCAAUGGUGGCAGCUAGUAUUCCGGAGACGACGAACGCCGAAGCCUGCCCGAGCAAGGAAGAGAGGCAGCCUCGGCCGAAACCGUGACAGUGUAACUGAGAUGAACUGAAAGCUGCCUGCCUCAGUGUUGUUAUUAGUCAUUACCCUGGAGUUGUUGCUGUUGUGUUUUUAUUUGUUUAUCUUUCGUAUCAUGCCGUUACUGUGGGGACAGUCUACCUGGCCCCAUCGUUUCCACGGACAGUCGGCUAUGGAUAGAGUCCAGGAGCAGCAGCAACUGGGUGGGCAAGGGCUUCUCAGCCGUGUAUGAAGGUAACAUCAGCCGUUUCACCAUAUACCAUAUUGUCUAUAUAUAGUAUUAAUGUCCUUCUUUUAGUUUCUGAAAAGCCUUAGUUUUCUGCAACAUUCAAAUUACAGAAGCUCUAUAAACACUAAACACAAAACUCAUGUGUUGCCACUAUAUUCCCUUGAUUUCAAAAGAAAGAGGGAAGUUGAUUUUGUUGUUGGAAGAAUUAAUGGAAGGUGUACCCCCCUCCCUCUCUCACCAGCCAACUGUGGGGGAGAGGUGAACUGGGACAAUGGCCAGAUCCAGUCACCUAACUACCCGGACGACUACCAGCCCAACAAAGUGUGUGUGUGGAAGAUCACAGUAGCACAGGAUUUCCAUGUGGGCCUCUCCUUCCAGUCAUUUGAGGUAAAGAUUAUGAAGCGGAAAGGGAAGUCGAAUUUCAUUUUCACUCAAUCAUGUACUUGUAUGCAGUGCUUGACUUGUACUGAAAUAGGUGCCGGUACUCAUUUUGGGUGACUGUACUGUUUAUAUUUAGGUGCAGGUGCUCCACAAUACUCUUGAGCUAAUAUUCUAUAAGAGGAACAGGAGCUCAAGCAGUAGAACAUUUGAGGUGCCGGUACUCAGCUCCGGUGAGCUCCUGCCCAAGUGAAGAACUUCUUGUAUGUGAAUGGAACCCUGUGAGAGCCCCAAGAAUAAUCUGCAUUAAAUCUGGGAUGACCGCAGCACAUCUUGAUGUCAAUCAUAAAGUCCAGACACUUUUAGGUGAUGGAUGUGAUGGAGACUUCUUCUUUAUUACUGAUAGGAGGAUACUGCUAUGUCGGUUUGAAGUGAUCAUAUUUAUAACCGACAUAGCAGAGUAGAUGUGAAUUUGUAGGACAGUUGGGCAUCCUGUGUCAACAUCCUCCAAUGUUCCUUGCCUGUCUCUACCAUAGAUUGAGAGGCAUGACAGCUGUGCCUAUGACUACCUGGAGGUGAGAAGCGGGAACUCAGAAAGCAGUCCACUGCUGGGCUGCUUCUGUGGCUACGACAAACCAGAUGACAUCAAGACCAGCUCCAACCAGGUCUGGAUGAAGUUUGUGUCUGAUGGGUCAGUGAACAAGGCCGGAUUUGCUGCGAACUUCUUCAGAGGUCAAGAAUACUGUCCAUCUGUGACUAGUGUUAAUGAUGAUAUGACACAGGAUUGGGUAAUAUUUUGCACAAAAAUCCUUUACAAAAUUUGCUACCAGUGAAGAAUUUGUCGUAAUAUAGUAGUUCACAUUAAUAUCUGUGGAACCAUCUUCUGAUUAUUCAACUGUAUCUCAGGCCUUCACAUUUACAUUAAAGGCCCAAUGCAGCCAUUUUUAUCUCAAUAUCAAAUCAUUUCUGGGUAACAAUUAAGUACCUUAUUGUAAUUGUUCUCAAUCAAAAUUCAGCUGUGUAUUUCUGCAUUGUUACACAUAUUAUCUGAUGAUGGCCAACAUGGCUGACUUAUGGAAUAAAAGCAGACCUUUUGAAUUGAUAAGCUAGAGUUGCUCCUUCCUCCCCAUAUCAGUUAAUUUGAUAUACUUAGUAUUUGUGGGCUUUAGAUGGAUGGCAGGAUGUAUACCAAAAAAGUUUGAAUAGUUUUACUUUGGCCAUUUGCCUUAUGAUGUUGAGGUUAGUGUACACUACUUCAAUGGGAGGGAAGUGGAACUGAUGGUUUCUUAGAAAUGUUUUACUCCAUUUUCUCUUUUUGGAUGUCACAACGUGUCACACCCUGGCUCUGGGACUCUAUAUGUUGAGCCAGGGUGUGUUCAUUCUAUGUGUUGUAUUUCUAUGUUGGGGGUUCUAGUUGUUCUGUUUCUAUGUUGGCCUGAGUGACUCCCAAUCAGAGGCAACGAGUGUCAGCUGUGGCUGGUUGUCUCUGAUUGGGAGCCAUAUUUAAACUGUCUGUUUUCCCUUUGUGUUUGUGGGUUCUUGUUCCGUGUUGGUCUAUGUUACCUAGGACGUUACGAGUCGUUUGUUGUUUUGUUCAUUGUCAGUAUUUAUCACUAUAGAUAAAUAAACAUGUUCGUUCAUCACGCUGCGCCUUGGCCUACUCUCCCUGACGAUCGUGACAGAAGAACCCACCAUCACAGGACCAAGCGGCGUGUCCAGGAGCAGGCAGCCUGGACGUGGGAGCAGAUCUUAGACGGGCAGGGGUCCUGGACCUGGGAGGAAAUCCUGGCCGGGAUGGAUCGCCGGCCAUGGAGUGAGACAGUAGAGAGGCGACGGAGAGAGGAGCAACGGCGUGAUCAGUGUCGUCGUCGGGCUGACGAGAGGCAACCCCAAAAAAUUUUUAGGGGGGGGGCACAGGGCAUGGACGACGGGGCUGACGGAGGCAGAAAAGGGGCGUAUUCAGAAGGCCACCAGGUUACGGGGGCCACUGGUCAAAGUAGGGAAAGAAGGUUUAGAGGCACGGCGAGAGGUACUGGGGUGUGUUACCAGUCCGGUCCGGCCCGUUCCAGAUCCCGGGGUAGAGCCAGUGGUGUGUGUCCCCAGUACGGUCCGGCCUGUUACGGCCCCUCGCACCAAAUGUACGGUGCGCGUCGCCAGCCCGGUCCGGCCUGUUCCUGCCUCUCGCACCAAGCCUACGGUGUGCGUCGCCAGCCCGGUCCGGCCUGUUCCUACCACUCGCACCAAGUCUACGGUGUGCGUCGCCAGCCCGGCCCGGCCUGUUCCUGCCACUCGCACCAAGUCUAGGGUGCGCGUCGCCAGCCCGGCCCGGCCUGCUCCUGCCACUCGCACCAAGUCUACGGUGCGCGUCGCCAGCCCGGCCCGGCCUGUUCCUGCCACUCGCACCAAGUCUACGGUGUGCGUCGCCAGCCCGGCCCGGCCUGUUCCUGCUCCUCGCACCAAACCUACGAUGUGCGUCGCCAGCCCGGCCCGGCCUGUUCCUGCCACUCGCACCAAGCCUACGGUGCGCGUCGCCAGCCCGGCCCGGCCUGUUCCUGCCACUCGCACCAAGCCUACGGUGCGCGUCGCCAGCCCGGCCCGGCCUGUUCCUGCCACUCGCACCAAGCCAGGGGCGCGAGUCGUCAGCCUGGUCCAGCCUGUUCCUGCCACUCGCACCAAGCCAGGGGUGCGAGUCGUCAGCCUGGUCCAGCCCGUUCCUGCUACUCGCACCAAGCCAGGGGUGCGAGUCGUCAGCCCGGUAAAGCCCGUUCCGGCUCCACGCACCAAGCCAGGGGUGCGCAUCGUCAGCCCGGUCCGGCCCGUUGCUGCUCCACGCACCAAGCCAGGGGUGCGAGUCGUCAGUCCGGUGAGGCCCGUUCCGGCUCCACGCACCAAGCCAGGGGUGCGCAUCGUCAGCCCGGUCCGGUCCGUUCCUGCUCCACGCACCAAGCCAGGGGUGCGAGUCGUCAGUCCGGUGAGGCCCGUUCCGGCUCUACGCACCAAGCCAGGGGUGCGUAUCGUCAGCCCGGUCCGUCCGUUCCUGCUCCACGCACCAAGCCAGGGGUGCGUAUCGUCAGCCCGGUCCGGCCCGUUGCUGCUCCACACACCAAGCCAGGGGUGCGCAUCGUCAGCCCGGUCCGGUCCGUUCCUGCCUCACGCACCAAGCCAGGGGUGCGCGUCGUCAGUCCGGCACAACCAGUGCCUGGGUCACCGGUGCCUAAUCAGGUACCGCUCAACUGCUCCACAACGGAGCUGAAGCUAACCGCUCCUGCUACGUCCAGUUCAGCUCCAGCCAGCGGGGCCAGACCGGACCAGGGGCGCUAUGGGGGGAGUAUUGGAGGGUGGUGGGCAAGCCCGGAGCCAGAAGCGCCGCCGAGGAGAAAUGCCCACCCAGCCCUCCUCUGUUUUGCUCUAGUUGAGGUGCGGUCGCAGUCCGCGCCUUUAGGGGGGGGGGGGGGGGGUACUGUCACACCCUGGCUCUGGGACUCUAUAUGUUGAGCCAGGGUGUGUUCAUUCUAUGUGUUGUAUUUCUAUGUUGGGGGUUCUAGUUGUUCUGUUUCUAUGUUGGCCUGAGUGACUCCCAAUCAGAGGCAACGAGUGUCAGCUGUGGCUGGUUGUCUCUGAUUGGGAGCCAUAUUUAAACUGUCUGUUUUUCCCUUUGUGUUUGUGGGUUCUUUUUCCGUGUUGGUCUAUGUUACCUAGGACGUUACGAGUCGUUUGUUGUUUUGUUCAUUGUCAGUAUUUAUCACUAUAGAUAAAUAAACAUGUUCGUUCAUCACGCUGCGCCUUGGCCUACUCUCCCUGACGAUCGUGACACAACGGCCUUUCUGGAUGAAAGAGAUGGAGUAUAUUAUGAACUCUUUAUUUCUGUCGACUGAAAAUACAAAGGGAAGGAAGUGGAAGUAUUUAUACAAUGUGCAGAGGAACGGAUGGUUUCUUCUGGUUCCUUUCUUCUUGUCACGUCUCCUCCCGUUGCUCCCCUCCGGCGCUCUGAUUCGCCGGUCUACUGAGCCACCGGUCUGAGCGCACCACCUCGGCAACACCGGAAUGGAAACCCAACGCACCUUAAUCACCUCCAGCGCACCUGCACCUCAUCAUCUCAUCACCACCCCUAUAUAGCCCUGGACUGUUCUGGAUGAUGUUGUGUGUGAUUGUUUAGCUUCGUGUCGUUUUACUCUAUCUUUGUUAUUUCUCAUUGUCAUUCUUAAGUAAACCUUGACCUUGUUAAUUCCUGCGUCUGCGUCCUGCCUCUUCGUAUACUCAGAACGCGUCACACUUCUUCAUGACAUAUCACGACGGCUCUGUGGGUGGUAGAGAUGGACGAGUGUUCCAAGCCUGAUAAUGGGCUCUGUGAGCAGCGCUGUGUGAAUACCCUGGGCAGCUACCGAUGUGCCUCUGACCCUGGCUUUGAGCUCGCCUCAGACAGGCACAGCUGUGAGGGUGAGCGCAAGGGGUGCUUAUUUAACCAUCUCCUAAAAACACCAGCAAUGUAGUAUGAAUCACACAACUUCACCAUCCCAUUCACUGGACAGUGUCAAGGUUUUAGACAACUCAAGCCACAGUCUAACAUCACCUAAUAACCAUCUGCGCAAUUGUCAUAAUUGAAUAAUGAGCUUCUCAGGAGAUACAUUUCCCAAUAUUGACACCAUUGUAGUUAAAAAACACUCACCAGUCCCUAUCUUCUAACUAAAUGUUGAUAUUCUUUAUCACUUGGACAUGAAUUGGACACACACUUAUUCAUGAACUCAGUGUCUGCCACCUCAACAAUCAUCCUUUAUCAGAGGAAAGAGUGUGUUUUUAUAACAGUCAUACCACUUCAUCACAGUUUAUUAUCAACGAGGCACUAAAUGGAUUUUGAAGACCUGAUUCAAUGUCAAUUAUGAAAAGUAUUCCAGCAAGCUUUGAUGGGCAUCUGAGGAUACAUUAGUUUGUGGGUUUAUUUUACUUUAUUUUGCAUCAAGAGGACAUGAUUGCACUUUGUGUAUUAUAAAAGUUUCACUUGCCAGUGCUAAAGUGCUUUUUCUUUUCUACUGCCACUCAAAAUAUGGUAUUCAAAAUUACUCUACUUAACGUUAAUGGAUGCUUGUUUCAUUUUGUAGAGCUGUAAUCUACAUCCUAGUGCAAAUUGCACAACAGAACAGCAUAUGUAGGACCUGACUUUCAUAUUAGCUUCACACACUGUUGCAGUUUGCAACUUAGUGAGCUCUCUCAGAGUAUUAAAGAAUAUCAACAUUUAGUUAGAAGACAAUGAUUGAUGAGUGCUUUUUAACUACAAUGGUGUCAAUAUUGGGAUAUUUAUCUCCUGAGAAGCUCAUUAUUCAAUUAUGACAAUUGUACAGAUGGUUAUUUUGUGAUGUUAGACUGCGGCUUGAGUUUUCAAAAACCUUGACACUGUCCAGUGAGUGGGAUGGUUAAGUUGUGAUUCAUACCAUAUUGAUGGUGUUUUUAGGAGAUGGAUAAGUAAGCACCCCCUGCACUCACCCUCACAGCUGUGCCUGUCUGAGGCGAGCUCAAAGCCAGGGUCAGAGGCACAUCGGUAGCUGCCCAGGGUAUUCACACAGUGCUGCUCACAGAACCCAUUAUCAGGCUUGGAACACUCGUCCAGCUCUACCACCCACAGAGCCGUCAUGAUAUGUCAUGAAGAACAAAGGAACCAGAAGAAACCAUCCGUUCUACUGCACAUUGUAUAAAUACUUCCACUUCCUUCCCUUUGUAUUUUCAGUCGACAGAAAUAAAGAGUUCAUAAUCUACUCUAUCUUUCAUCCAGAGAGGCCGUUGUGACAUCGCAUGAGGGAAGACAGAAUAAAUGAAGCAAAACAUUUGCACUGGGCCUUUAACAUUGACUUAACAAAUUGCUGGUACAUUUGGGCUACAGUAUAAAUUAUUUUGAAAAGGUUCCGAGGUAUGAGAAUUUUUGUUUAUUCUUAUACAGUGAGUGUUUGGGUGAGACAGUGACCCUGAGUAGAAAUGAGGGGAAUUAGGCACAACUCUCAUUUGUCACUUUAAAUAAAAUGUCAUAUUUUAUUCAACUGUAUAUUUCUGCAUUGUUGCACAUAUUAUCUGAUGAUGGCUGACUUAUGGAAUAAAAGAGGACUUUUGAAUUGAAGCUAGAGCUGCUCCUUGCUCCGAAUAUCAGUUAAUUUGAUAUGCUUUACAUGGAAGGCUGAAUGUCCACCUGUGUGUACACAAAAAAAAUCUAAUUUUUUCAGUGUACUGAAAAUAGGGUACACUACUUCAAUGGGAGGGAAGUGGAACUGAUGGUUUCUUAGAAAUGUUUUACUCCAUUCUCUCUUUCUUCCUUCAUGGGAUGUCACAACGGCCUCUCUGGAUGAAAUAGAUGGGAAGGAAGUGGAAGUAUUUAUACAAUGUGCAGAGGAACGAAUGGUUUCUUCUGGUUCCUUUCUUCUUCAUGACAUAACACAACGGCUUCUGUGGGUGGUAGAGAUGGACGAGUGUUCCAAGCCUGAUAAUGGGUUCUGUGAGCAGCACUGUGUGAAUACCCUGGGCAGCUACCAAUGUGCCUCUGACCCUGGCUUUGAGCUCGCCUCAGACAGGCGCAUCUGUGAGGGUGAGUGCAGGGGGUGCUUACUUAUCCAUCUCCUAAAAACACCAAUGUAUACUGAACCAAAAUAUAUAGACAUGUAAAGUGUUGGACCAAUGUUUCAUGAGCUUAAAAAAAUUAUCCCCGACAUUUUUCAUACGCACAAAUAACGUAUUUCUCUCUAAUUUGGUGCACAAAUUUGUUUACAUCCCUGUUAGUGAGCAUUUCUCCUUUGCCAAGAUAAUCCAUCCACCUGACAGGUGUGGCAUAUCAAGAAGCUGAUUAAACAGCAUGAUCAUUACACAGGUGCACCUUGUGCUGGGGACAACAAAAGCCCACUAAAAUGUGCAGUUUUGUCACACAACAAAAUGCCACAGAUGUCUCAAGUUUUGAGGGAACAUGCAAUUGGCAUGCUGACUACAGGAAUGUCCACCAGAGAAGUUGCCAGAUAAUGUAAUGUUAAUUUCUCUACCAUAAGCCGCCUCCAACGUCGUUUUAGAGAAUUUGGCUUUACGUCAACUGGCCUCACAACUGCAGACCACGUAUAACCACACCAGCCCAGGACCUCCACAUUCGGCUUCUUCACCUGCGGAAUCUUCUGAGACCAGCCACCUGAACAGCUGAUGAAACUCUGGGAUUGCACAACCGAAGGAUUUCUGCACAAACUGUCAGAAACCGUCUCAGGAAGCUCAUUUGCGUGCUUGUCGUCCUCACCAGGGUCUUGACCUGACUGCAGUUCGACGUCGUAACUGACUUCAAUGAGCAAAUGCUCACCUUCAAUGGCCAGUGGCAUGCUGGAGAAGUGUGCUCUUCACGGAUGAAUCCCGGUUUCAACUGUACCAGGCCGAUGGCAGACAGCAUGUAUGGUGUCUUGUGGGUGAGCGGUUUACUGAUGUCAACAUUGUGAACAGAGUGCCCCAUGGUGGCGGUGGGAUUAUUGUAUGGGCAGGCAUAAGCUACGGACAACGAACACAAUUGCAUUUCAUCGGUGGCAAUUUUAAUGCACAGAAAUACCGUGACGAGAUCCUGAGGCCCAUUGUCGUGCCAUUCAUCCACCGCCAUCACCUCAUGUUUCAGCAUGAUAAAGCACAGCCCCAUGUCGCAAGGAUCUGUACACUAUUCCUGAAAGCUGAAAAUGUCCCAGUUCUUCAAUGGCCUGCAUGCUCACCAGACAUGUCACCUAUUGAGCAUGUUUGCUCUGGAUCGACGUGUACAACAGCAUGUUCCAUUCCCGCCAAUAUCCAGCAACUUUGCACAGCCAUUGAAGAGGAGUGGAAAAACAUUCCACAGGCCACAAUCAACAGCCUGAUCAACUCUAUGCGAAGGAGAUGUGUCGCGCUGCAUGAGGCAAAUUGUGGUCACACCAGAUACUGACUGGUUUUCUGAUCCACGCCCCUACCUUUAUUUUUAAGGUAUCUCUGACCAAUCGAUGCAUAUCUGUAUUCCCAGUCAUGCCGACUAGGUGAAAAAUCUGUCGAUGUGACCUUGAGCAAGGCACUUAACCCUAAUUGCUCCUGUAAGUCGCUCUGGAUAAGAGCGUCUGCUAAAUGACUAAUUAUUAAUUAUGUGAAAUCCAUAGAUUAGGGCCUAAUGAAUUUAUUGAAAUUGACUGAUUUCCUUAUAUGAACUGAAAUCUGAAAUUGUUGCAUGUUGCGUUUAUAUUGUUGUUCAGUGUUGUAUGAAUCACAUAACAUCACCAUCCCACUCACUGGACAGUCUCAAGGCUUUAGAAAACUCAAGCCACAGUCUAACUUCACAAAAUAACCAUCUGUGCAAUUGUCAUAAUUGUAAUAAUGAGCUUCUCAGGAGAUAAAUAUCCCAAUGUUGACACCAUUGUAGUAAAAAAAACGACACUCAUCAGCCCCUGUCUUCAAACUAAAUGUUGAUAUUCUUGCAACAGAGCAACAAUCACAUUAAUCUGCUUUAUAGUGUAUUGUACUGUGAACCCGUUCCACCUUCUCUACACUAUAACAGUUAUGAUGUGGUACGAGGUGUGUUGCCUCAUGGCCACAGGUCUGUCACUAAUGUUCGCUCUGUAUCCUCCCCAGCAGCUGCGUGUGGAGGCUUCAUUACCAAGCUUAACGGCUCCAUCACCACCCCUGGCUGGCCCAAAGAAUACCCCCCCCCCCAACAAGAACUGUGUCUGGCAGCUGGUGGCCCCUACACAGUACCACAUCACCCUGCUGUUUGAUGUCUUCGAGACCGAGGGCAACGAUGUAAGCAUUAUACCCUGAAUUAUCAGAGAGGGCACAUUUUGUAAGUGGGAAGGAAUGGGCAGUUACAAUGGCCAGUGAAAGUGGCCACCGAUGUCUCUCCUCAUGAGGGAAAUGAUUGUCUAGUCCAGUAAGGCGGUGUCUGUGUGUAGUGGUUUACCUUGACUUAUUCCAUAGUACAUGUUCCAGUUCCUCUUCAACACUGUCUGACCUGUCCUCUGUGGUCUCUUCUUCCCUCAGGUGUGUAAAUAUGAUUAUGUGGAGGUGAGGAGUGGACUAACCGCUGAUACCAGGCUUCAUGGGAAGUUUUGUGGAACAGAGAAACCAGAGGCCAUCACCUCCCAAAACAACAACACAGUGUCCGAAAAAGGUUUCAAAGCCCAAUUCUUCUCGGGUAAGUCUUUAAAAAAAGAAUUGUGAGACAAAAUGUACAUAUAAGCACUAACACAAUAAAUGCUCAAAGAUUUGAGUGUUAUAAAGGGCUUAGGUGGGUUUAACAAUGUCUGACAAUGUUCUGUUCCUAUGCAGUCAAGGACGAGUGCUCUAAGGAGAAUGGAGGCUGCCGACACGAGUGUGUCAACAUAUUCAGGAGCUACAGUUGUCAGUGUCUCAGUGGCUUUGUGCUGCAUGACAAUAAACACGAAUGCAAGGAAGGUACAGGAUGUCUCCUAUCUUAAUGGAUUUAUCCUUACAUUUACCUACAGAUCAUACUGUAGCUAUCCAUAUCCAUCCAUCCAGGAAUUACAUAAAGCCCUUGACAUCCUAUUUUACAUGGCUCAUGAAAUCAAAGAGCUGGGGAUAUGAUCUGUCCUCUUGGAUUACUGAGCUAUUCAGCAAUGUUUAUUUUCUAGCCGGCUGUGAUCAUGUGGUGAGCAGUGUGUCAGGCACCAUCACCAGCCAUUACUGGCCUGACAAGUACCCCAGCAAGAAGGCCUGUACCGGGGCCCUCUCCACUACCCCAGGCCACCUCAUCGAAAUUGUAUGUUAACUGCUCGUGACAAGAUUGGAAUAGUUUUAAUGACACCUGUUAUGUCAUGCUUAUAAUUUACAUUGUAACAGUACAUAGUCAGCAGAAGAAGGUUAAUGUAGAUUCUUACCACCUACCUCAAUUAAUCUACAUACAAUUUUCAUGUUUUCAAAGAGAUCGACAUGGAGGCUCAUCUGGAGUGUGCCUACGACCACCUGGAGAUCUACGAUGGGCGGGGCGGCGGGCCCCCAGUCUGGAUGCUUCUGUGGCACCAAAAAACCCUCGCCAGUCAUCUCCAGUGGCAACAAGAUGUUCCUGUGCUUCUUCUCUGACAACUCAGUCCAGAAGAGAGGCUUUGAGACACGUACACUGGAAUUAGCACUAGUAUUAGCAUUUUGUGAUACCAGAAAGAAAAGGACUGAAAUUGAUAAUUCUUAUUUGUUCACAGGGAGAUGGGCGAACUGCUAUCAUGUUGUUUUGAUUUCAGAGAAAUUAGAACAUUCAACUAAUAUUGAUUGUAUAAUAAAUUAUUCAACCUUUUUCAUUUAGGUCUGGUCAAUCCACUGCCAUAGCCUAUUUAAAAUAUUGAUAAUAAUAAUGAUAAAUAAUCCAUAAAUCUCAGCAGACCAGUUAAGUGGUAUUCAUUGAUCUUACCAAUGCCUUUGAUCCAGUUGGGCUCAUUUUGUCUCUUAGAUCAAUCAAAAAGGCUUGCGUUUUCCCAAAGACAACUCCAAUUACUGGGAGGUCGAAAAGGAUGGGCCACAAGGGUUUGAUCCUGGGACCAUUGUUAACCUCCUUCAUCGUUAAUGAUCAGUUCUGUGUCCACUGAUACAAAUGUCUUCUUGUAUGCUGAUGACACUAUCUCUGGUUUUUGUUUUGUUUGUAUUAUAUUAUCACUAAGGUACAGUACAUUAUGUUAGUAAUUCGUGAACAACAUAUGUUGUUUUGUCAAGACCCUUGAAUAAUGACAGGAUUCAUCUCAAGGAAUUAAUCCUGCAUAAAUUGGGGGUUACAAUGGCCAUUUUGCCAUCUGGGUUUGUGAUUAGUGGUCUCUUUCAUCUCACGCGUAUAAAGUUACACAAUACCACAGGGAGUGUAGUGGAUUUUUUUUGGGGGAAAUAACUGCUCUCAGAGAAUUAUUUGUUGCUAAAUUGCACAUUCCAUAUCUGAAUGAGUUCCUUCUCUGAGCCUCGGUCUCUAAUUUUGUGGCUGUGCGUUCUCAGAGUGUGGAGGAAGCAUUAAAGCUGAGGUCAAGACCAAAGAUCUUUACUCCCACGCCCAGUUAGGGGAUAACAACUACCCAGGGUUGUCUGACUACCAGUGGGUGGUCUCUGCUGAGAAGGGCCACGGAGUAGAGCUCAUAUUCCAAACCUUUGAGAUUGAGGAAGAGGCUAGGAAUACAUGGAGCUAUUUGAUGGUGCUGAUGUCAAGGCUGUGGAUCUGGGGUAAGGACGACCAAAGGUUUCAGUACAUCUACUAG